UUAAAAUUGAACCUAUUAAUCUUUAAAAGAUAUUAAAGAUAAAAAGAACAUAGUUAGCUUCAAAAAUAUUGAAAAUGGCAAGAAUUUUUAUUACAAUUUUUGUGUACAUUUUUUGUUUAUGCCCAUUGAAUUUGGGCAAAGAAAGCGACAAGACUACUAGGGAAGACUGUUCAAAGUGUCGAUCCUUAUCUAAUUCCUUCAAUCAUUGGCUCGAGAAAACCUCUCGCGGAAAACACGAAGGAGGCGAUGCGGCAUGGGAAGAAUCUAAAUUAAAAAACUAUGCCCGAAGUGAGAUGAGACUCGUCGAAAUUCAGGAGAAGUUAUGCUCUGAUUUAAAAUCUAAACCCCAAGACCACUGCUAUGCGUUCGCAGAAGAAACCGAGUCCUUGGUAGAAAAGUGGUGGCAUGAAGAAAGUCCCUCUAUAGAUUUAUUUACAUGGCUUUGUAUCAAUGAACUUAAGUAUUGUUGCCCUAAAAAUUUCUUCGGCGAUCAGUGUCAACCUUGCCCGGUAAAUGAUAGAAAUGAAAUUUGUAAUAGCCAUGGUAAAUGUGAUGGAGAAGGAACUCGCAGCGGCAACGGCUCUUGCAUUUGUAAAAACGGAUACGAUGGAGAUGCUUGUGAUAAAUGUAAAACAAAUUACUUUUACAACGAAGUUGCUAAAACAUGUGAUCCAUGUCAUAAAUCUUGCGAUGGAUGUCACGGUGGUGGAGCAGCGGACUGUGCUGAAUGUGCAGAUGGAUGGAGAUCAGAGUCUGGAACCUGUGUAGAUGUUAAUGAAUGUUUAAUUUUUGCACCAGCGUGCCAAAAAAACGAGUACUGUAAGAAUACAGAAGGCUCUUUUCUGUGUAAAGCGUGUCACAAGAGUUGUGAGACUUGUAAGGGUGCUGGACCUGGCAGUUGUAGUUCCUGCUUUGGUAAUGACUUGCUUUGGUCUAGUAGAUGUCUGGAUGAUGAUGAACAGCAAAACUUAAUCAACCAAACAUUUGUCAGGAUUGUUUGUUUUUGUGUUGUAGUAACAUUAAGCUUAAUGAUGUUUAGAAAAUAUGUGUGUGUAACUUCAAUAUUUGUACUGAGUACUACAGUACUCUAUUUAUAUCUUGAAAUUCAACAAGAAGGAAGUCUUUUGAGGCCCUUAUGGCCCUUGUUACAAAGUUUAUAUGACGCAUAGAUAAAUUAUUAUAAUAUUAGGUAAAAAGUUUAAUGAAUGAAUAGAAAUAAUUAUAAUUUAUUUCAAAGUUACCAUUGUUCUUAAUUUUAUAUAGCUUCUUGCUUAGAA